AUGACUCAGGUAGACGAAUAUGAUUUUGAUUCAUCUGACGAAGAGGACAUCCGGAAUACCAUAGGAAAUAUUCCGGUUCAAUGGUACGACUCUUUCGCUCACAUUGGUUAUGAUACAUCCGGACGACCUAUCAUCCGACCCAACUUCGCCGAUGGCAAAUCGGACAGUAUCGAUGAAUUCCUACAGAGAGUUGACACUGGGAUGGGUGAAUCUAACCUCGAAUGGCGCACCGUACAGGAUCCCCAGACCGGACAGUUCGUUGUUCUGAGCGAUAAUGAUCUAGAUAUGGUUACGAAAAUGGCAUCACACAGGGGAGUGCUUAGCGCUGGUGAUAGUGGUCCGUACGAACCAUGGAAUGACUGGUUCACCAAAGAUGUAUUAGAAAUGCCAGUAACCGCACAUCCUCCACAGAAACGAAGUUUCAUCCCUUCCCUUCUUGAUCGUCGUAGGGUUGGUCGGAUGGUGCAUGCAAUCAAAAUGGGUUGGUUCAAACCCCGCUUGCCUGCCUGGGCCCUCUCUGAUCCCAACGAUCCUGACGCGUUGCGGAGGUACGCAGCCUAUAUGACCUCUGGGAAUCUCGGCGCGUUAGAUUCGGAUGAAGAGGAGGAUAAUUUGGGCAUUCCGUCGGCUUUCGUUUCCUCCUAUGUUUUUCCUGAUGUCUGGGCUGACCAAGAUAGUGGUCCGGGUGUCAAGCCAGACGAAUCUGAGAAUUCGUGGAGGACAAGGUUUCCGAUGUUGUCGCAGGACUAUCGCCCUCCACGUCCACGUCCGUAUCAGAAGGCCCCUGAAGAACCGCUUCCUGGUCAUAUUGCAUCAUACAAUCCGCCUCCGGAGUUUAUUCUAUCAAAGGACGAGCAAAAAAAAUUGAUGAAAGCUUGGCGAGAGAGGCUCUACGAUGGCCACGUGUCCCGUGUGCCACCUCAAAUGCCGCAAAAAUUCGACUGUCUUCGGCACGUUCCUUUUUCCGAACGGUACUUGCGGGAGCGAGAAGAGCGUGUGAAGGAUUUGAUGAUGGCAACACGAGUCGAAAAACAACGUCUGGCGACCACCCCCGAGGCCAUCCUCCCUCAAAUCCCCAGUCUUUCUCAACUCCGGCCCUACCCAAGCCAACCUGGAUUGAUCUAUGGUCUUCGUUUUGUUUGCAUGCCCUACUUUCUUUCCAGCGGUCACCGUGGUCGUGUGACCUCUCUGUCCAUCUCGCCUUGUGGUCAAUGGCUAGCCAGCAUUUCUCCGGCUGACGGGUACCUGCGCAUCUGGGAGACCAGCACCAACUACUGUUUCAGAUGCUAUUCUUUGGCCAGCCCAAUUGAAAGUCGGCCACCGCCUGCAACAAAGAACAAUUCUGGCUCACAAAAGAAGUCUGAACAGCAACAGGAAUCAACAUCUGACGGAGAGCAAGAGGAGGAGCAGCCGUGCGACAGCGAUGAAGAGUGGUCUUGUGAACGACCCACUGCCGUGGUCUUGUGGAACCCAAAGCCGGAACUGCACCUUUUGGCAGCAGCAAUCGGCCAGUCGAUAUUCCUUAUCAAUCCUGGACUGUGUGACCGCGUACGUGUGGAACAGACCAAUUCUGGUCUUGAACAGUGGUGGACUAAUCGAGAAACGGAGAAAUCGCAGAAGAGCGCUGCAGUAGAGGCUGAAGGUCCCGAGAAUGAUGAUGAAGGUGCUAGACCGUCAAAGAAACCGCGGACAGAGCAUACCGCGGAAGAGCCUGCUCACUGGGAUUUGAAAAGACAACAGGUGUUGGUCGUCAAAUCUGCGCGUUCCAAAACAAUUGAGCGUAGCCGUAUCACUGUGACUGUGGACCAGCCUGUUUGCAGUUUGGAUUGGCACCCAAAAGGAGACUAUCUUCUCUCACUGUCCCGACCAAUCCUAUCCAACGAACUACAAUCACGUUCAGUCAGACGUCUGCUUCUCCAUCGGCUAUCUAAAAUGUCGAGCCAGUCUCCUUUCUCUUCGACCAGCAAGGCCGCCGAAUGGCGUCAGGCGGCUUUCCAUCCAGCUGGUAAGCCGCAGUUGUUCGUGGCCAGUUCACGCACCGUCCGAAUCUACGACCUGGUGCAACAGCGCGAGCUACGCUGCCUCCGAUUGGACAGCACCGGCGACUUCCUCAGUUCAAUGGCUUUGCAUGUAUCAGGUGAACACUUGAUUGUAGGAACGUUCGAUGGUCGCUUCAACUGGUUUGACAUCGAUUUGGGUAACGUACCGUUUAAAAAGCUAAAGUUGAAUCACGGGGCUAUUCGGCAACUGGACUCUCACAGAAAUCGCCCACUUGUUUCUGCAGCCAUGGACGAUGGUACCUUGCUCAUCCUCCACGCUACCGUAUCAGAAAGCGAAGAGGCCGCGUUUGACGGAGUGGAGCUGGAGCUUGGUUUCGCUGGUUGUCCCCGCACACCUGACUCAGUCAAGUUCAGAGGCUAUGGCUUUGUUCAGGAAUGCAUGGCUGCAGCUGCGUCGUCUGUUACGGAGAUAAGCGUUGAUAGCUCCACGUACUUUGGGCGCUGCUUGCAUGUGAGCCCUUUCAAGAUUUCCGAUGAAACUGAUGGCGACCAGGACGAUAAAAGAUUGCGUGAUGAGCUCGAACAGUUGAUUGCAGAACAGUUCAAUGACUUUGACCUUGGAAAUGACAAUGAGGACCUUCCUGGAUCACCUGGAGUGGAACAAAACGUUACGACGUCUGCUUAUCCCGAUGACGUAGCCAGUAUACUGGCUGCUGGUAAACUCUCUCUUCUUGAGCAUGCUAUCCAGCGGUUCGGAGAGGAAAACCAUUCCGCUGUAGAUCCGUUGUCCAGUCAAAGCAGCAACACAAGCAUUCAAGCGAGGGAACUCUCCAACAGCUCUUCUUCGAGUCCUUUCGGUACUUCAAACCACGAAUUCAACAGCAUACUCAUAAGCGGAGCAUUGGUAGUUGGUGAUGUACCUCCUGGUGAUCUCGGUUGUAAUAAUAACAACAUCGGCCUGGACGUCAAUGCCGCUUCUCUGAGGAAGCCGUCUGUUUUAUCCCCUGGUGAGGAAAAAAUAGAUCAAAAUGCCCGACAAUGCCAACAACCCGUGGUUACCCACUCAACAUUCAGAUCUCCAUAUAACCAUAGCAACGGCACCAACUGGGACACGCAAGUACCUGAAGGGGCUUCCCAACAGUACCAUUUAGCCUUCCAGCGUGAUCGCGAUUCAAAUUCCCCAUCAGUCCAAAUGAACGGGCAGCAUACACCAUUGCAGCUAGACAAUGGCGAAAAGAGCCAUCUUCCAUCUCAUAUUCCUCUCGGACAACCAAGUAGCCUGCCAAUAAAUGCAGAAGAUCGACGAGAACUUCUGUACGCGGCUCGGGGACGCCAGGUGGAGGAGUUGACAAACAAUCUGAACCGCUUGCAGGACGAACUUGCCAAGGAAAAACGGUUGGCCGCUCAUCGGCUGACCUUAGCUGAAGGUGAAAGACAAGCUUUAACAACCAGACUGUCCUCUUCUGAAACCCUGAUUCGCGACGUACAGCAGCAAUUAAGUGUGGAACAGGAGAGCUCAUCCAAGCUAGCCCAGCGGUUGAGUGCGUUGCAGCAAUCAAAUUCGGAGCUGACCAAUGAAUUAUCCGCACUUCGAUCAACGAAUGAAUCUCUUUCCGCUCAGUUGAUUGAACUGACCACCGGUGAUGCCGCUCGGCGUGCUGAGGAGCGUGAAGGAAAGCUGACGGAAGCACUUGAACGACGAUAUGCCCUGGCGAAUGAGGCAACCACAGCCGAGUUACAGUUAGCCAAACAACGGUUGCUAGAAAAGGAGGAACUUCAUGAUCUUCGGGAACAAAUUUCCUUGUACGAAGGAGCUUUGCGAUUGGAAUCUGAGUACAAGGGAGAUGAGUUUAUGGACAUCAUAAGCAACCAAUACAACCAAAGUUCCCCGAUGCCUGAUCCUCCCUUAGUAAAAAAGAAACGACCGAAAUCGUUGGACCACGUAGCCUUCUGUGAGAACGAGUUUACCAUUUGUGUAUCUGGGGCAAAUCCACGUCCAUCCUCGGCUGUGGACAAUGUUACCGAUCCACUUGAAGACGGUCGGGGUGUGGGAGAGUUUCGUAAACUGUACGGUGGGAAUGUGCCGUAUUCAACUGAAUCUUUCAGCGAACCUCCGAAAUCAGCACAACCAGCUCGUACCCCAAGUGCAUCAGACCGUGGUUCAGAGGCGUUCCGACCCUCAUCACAUCAGAAAUUCACAACUAGCACUCCAGCUCCCAACUCGAGCCAGUCACCCUCAAUGUUGAGUCGUUUGCGCUCGGAACUCACACGUGCCUUGUCGGGCUACAAGGCCAAACGCGAACAGGUUACCCAACUGCAUGAAGUGGUGUUCACCACUCGCUGUCAGCUUCAUGAAGCGGUGGAAAAAUCUAAGCGCACGGAGAAGAAUACUGCCUUGUUGCAGGAUCGAUUGGUGAGUUUAGAACAGGAGCUAACUAGUUCUCGUGAACUGAAAGGCUCACCCGGUCCCCGUGAGCAUUUGUUGCAGGGGCAAGUGGAGCGGCUGAGAGCGGAUUAUGCAGCAUUAGAGGAGGAAUUACGAUCUACACGAGCCCGUCUACAGUCCGCUCUUGGUGCCGAAGCUCGGGCGUUGGAGAAUGAGAAAGCCGCCACUGAGCGUCUCAAUGCCAGCGCUGCUGAACGAGAUGCUGCGAUAGAUCGAGCGCGUGCUGUGUGUGAAGUACAUUAUACAUCCAUGCGCCGUCGUCUGGAAGUUGAUUGGGCUAAUGAACGUGAGGCUGCGACGAAACGGGCGGAACAAGCGUUGUGUCAAGCACGUCAGGAAUGUGCUGAACUUGAAGUUGAGCUGCAUCGUGUCACGAAACUCUAUCAGGAUGCGCAGCUGGCCACACAACAAGCUGUGGAGAAUGCAUUACUCGAGUUGGAAGCACUGUUGCAGACUGUAGUGCCCGAAGUAGAAAAGUCAGAACUGGCAACUGGCGGGAAUGCUCCUGAACCUGAUGCCAAUUGUACGGAUAAACUAGUGUCAUCCACAGAAUUCGGUGACUCAGACAGUGAACAAACAACCGAUCUGGUUGUUGAUGGCCAAAUGACUCGCCCCGAGGUUCUCAGACGCGUGGAACAGCUGGUUUUAGCUUUAAUUUCAUUGCAAGAAGACCUCAACACGACCAAGAACAAUUUGCAACAAGCACAUUUAAAACUGGAAGAGGUGCGUGACGGUAACCCAUUGGCUUCCGAACUUUACCAUUCCGCUCUGCGGAAGAUUAAAGAGGAGGUUCUCAACUAUGUGCAUACUUGCCAAACACGCGCAGCACAAACCCUCCACUCUGAGUUAGGUCGUGUCCAUCGUCGCGCUUGCCGCCAGUUCACCAACCAUCUUCGGCAAGCCCUAUACGAAGCCGGUGCACCUGUGGGUAACACAUCGCAUCCACGUGUGGUCUUUCCAGUUCGACGGAAUGCCAGUCCUACACGUUCAAAUCCACACUCUAUGGAAGCUUCUGUUGGAUCCGUGCCGGCGACUGUUUUGCGAACACCUAACUCGGAAAAUGUCGAGGCUCGUCAGGAUUCCUCUGCCUUACUUCCACCAAACGACAGUUCAAGCGAGCCCACAAACAAACUACUCACAUCCACAAAUUUGUCCACGGACCUAGAAUCCCUACUGCACGUAAUCGAUGAUGUGUGUGCCUCAACCGAAUCCCGCUUCCAGACCAAUUUAUCCACUGGCACUGCACUUUUCGACGAUUCAGUUGAAGUGUCUUCAAGAGCGUUCAAAGGCGAAUCUACUGGAGUGUGGCUCGGCUCUCGGAAUACUGCAGUGGUUCCUCCGGUCUCAGGUGACUUCAAAUUCGAAACACGGCCAUCCACGUCCGAGCUGGCAGAUGUGAAAGAUGGUGCUCCUUCGGUUGAUUCUUCGUCACUGGUCAAUUCUCAUCCUCAUGUCCCAUCGAAUGCAGCCUCGACUUGUUUGCAUUCGGCUGCAGAGGAGGAGGCUCAGCAUGUUGUGGCAGUUCGCAAGCUGAGUGCAAUCGCUCCUGAACUUCCUGACUCCCACACUGUGACAUACCUCACAGACCCCCAGACCGUGGACGAGACCUCGAAACCUGUUCCCCGUUUACCGCGGACACGUGUGAGUCAACAGCCACGCUGCUGUGGUGAUCAGUUUUCAAACGGCAACUCCUAUCCGACCGCUUCAUGCAACCUUGCUUCGGAAUCGAUCACAUGUGAUACACUGCUGUCGAGCUGUCCGAAGCGAGUUCAUAAGCAACUGUUCAAUCUGUUCGAGCACAUCACCUCACCCACGGAUAGAUAG